AAGCGGCAGGAGGGAUCCUGUUCAUCUGCUCCUACAUCCCAUACUUCUUCAUCCAGAACCGGUACGAUACCAUGACUUGGGGGGAGAAGAUGGCCGCCUGUAUUGACUUCCAAGUCGCCAUGGCAUUUGGCGGUCAGGUCAUCGGCAUGUUUGAAGGCAUAGGGUCGGGAGUCCAGUGGAGCAACCUGGACCAGGGUGUGUCCGUAGAUGACAACUUCGCCCUGCUCCACAUUCUCCUCAUGAUGUUGUUCGACUCUGUUCUCUACUGUGCCAUUGCCUGGUACGUGGAAGCCGUCUUCCCUGGAGAAUUUGGAGUCCCUCAGAAGUGGUACUUUUUCCUGACGCGGUCACACUGGUGUGGUACAAAACAGCGAGAUGAUGUUGAUGACAGCAAAGACUUGAAUACCGAACAAGAAGAUGAAUACUUUGAGAAGGACCCAGUCGGCAUGAGGCCUGGAAUCAGCAUAAGAAACCUGAGCAAGGAGUUCGGCACGGGGGAAGCUUGUAAGAAGGCUGUGUCUGGGAUGACCCUUGCCAUGUAUGAAGGGCAGAUAACUGCACUCCUCGGUCACAACGGCGCUGGGAAGACCACCACCAUGUCCAUGCUGACAGGGUUCAUCCCUCCAACAGGGGGCACUGCCAGGGUCAACGGCUACGACAUCCGAGAGGACAUUGUCAGCGUGAGAAGCAGCCUCGGUCUCUGUCCUCAACACGACAUCCUAUUUGACAGUCUCACAGUGGAGGAACAUCUCAUCUUCUUUGCCAAGCUGAAAGGUGUACCAUCAGCCAAAGUGGCAUCUGAGGUGGACCUUAUGUUGAACAACAUCGGACUGCAGCCCAAGAGGAAAGCCCAGUCGCGAACUCUGUCUGGUGGCAUGAAGAGAAAACUGUCUGUGGGCAUAGCACUCAUAGGUGGAUCUAAGGUGGUGAUCCUGGACGAGCCAUUCUCUGGUAUGGACCCGGAUGCUCGUCGGCACAUCUGGACCGUGCUGCAGAACAACCGGGCAGGCCGGACAAUGGUGCUGACCACCCACUUCAUGGACGAGGCUGAUCUGCUGGUGGACAGGAUUGCCAUCAUGGCCGAAGGGGUUGUCAAAUGUUGUGGCAGCUCUCUCUUCUUGAAGAAUAAAUAUGGUGCUGGCUACCACAUGGUCAUAGUGAAGGAACCUCAGUGUGUGGUGGGGAAUAUCACUGCUCUUGUCACCAAGUACAUCCCUGAAGCCGAGCUGGAGAGCAACAUUGGUGCAGAGCUGUCUUACAUCCUGCCACAGGAGAGCUCCCACCACUUCGAGGAGCUGUUCACCCAGCUGCAGCUGGAGCAGAAGCAGCUGGGCAUCUCCAGCUUCGGCGCGUCAGUCACCACCAUGGAGGAGGUGUUCCUCAGAGUUGGAGAGGACAACAUUAGUCAUCUCCGAGAGAGGCUGCAGAAAGGGGGCAUGAACCUACCAGUCAUGAAGGGCUCCCCAGGGGCUACUGGAGCUGAUAACAUGCCAUUUGACAUGUCUUCCAACUCCUCCAUCAACACGCACCUAGAUCUGGGACGGGAGCUGAGACGCAAUGCUGGGAUCGCGCUCUAUGUCCAACAGUUUAGGGCCAUGUUCGUCAAGCGCUUUCUACACACAUUCAGGAACAAACUCGUCACAGCGUCACAGUUGAUUGUGCCUCUGUUUUUCACUGUCAUGGCACUUAUCGCCCUUAAAACUUUCCCAGGGCCCACCGACUCACCAGCGCUCAAGCUCACCAUUGACCAGUUCAAGAAAAACUAUGUGCCCUAUGCCACUGCAUUGAAUCCAGAUGAAUCUUUAAGCAACCUGGCUGCAGCUUAUGUGAAUCAGUUUGGGAAUUCAUCAUCGGCCUUGACCUACAUAAACAACAUUGCAGGAUUCAAAAAAGACCCUGGCAUCAUAAAAUACUUGAGCAAGAAAGGCGAAGAAGGAAUUGGGAAUUAUAACAUCAGAUAUGUAAUUGCUGCAUCAUUUGAAGACGGUGCGGAGGCUGGUAUAAGCAAUGCUACAGCAUUCUUCCAGAACCAAGCCUACCACAGCCCAGCCAUUGCUCUUGCAACGGUUGCAAGUGCUGUGCUUCAGUACAUCACAAAUGACUCCUCUUACUCUAUGGAGGUGACAAACCAUCCUCUCCCACGAACAGACAUGAACAGGGUCAAUGAUGAACUCACGCAAGGUACUGAAGGAUUUACCAUUGCAUUCAAUGUCUGCUUCGGAAUGGCAUUCUUGGCCAGCAGUUUUGUCCUGUUCCUUGUUAAAGAGCGGAGUGUCAAGGCGAAACACAUCCAGUUUGUUAGUGGAGUCCACGCCUUCAACUUCUGGGCUGCCACGUUCUGCUGGGACAUGUUCAACUAUCUUGUUCCUUGUGUUCUUCUCAUCGUCAGUUUUGCAGCAUUCCAGAUUGAUGCCUACAUCGUGAACUUCCACUGGGCAGGCAUACUGCUGCUGUUUGUCAUGUACGGAUGGGCCAUGCUGCCAUUUAUGUACCUGAUGUCGUUCAUCUUCUCCGAGCUAGCAUCAGCGUACAUCUGGAUCAGCAUAUUCAACAUACACUCUGGUGUGGUUACAGUUCUGAUCGUGGGUAUUCUGGCCACCCCCCAGCUGGAGCUCGAGGACACGUCCCGGAUCCUGGAGUGGAUCUUCAUGUCGUUGUUGCCAAACUUCUGCCUCGGGCAGGGCCUGGAGGACUUCUACUCCAACUAUGAGUUCCUACAAAUAUGCCAGAGGUUUAAACCAUUUUGCAAAUUUGCACCUGCGAUGUUUUGCUGUGAUGAAUGCGUGGACUCUUGCCUGUACAACAACGAGAACUACUUCGGCUGGGCACAGAAUGGUAUUGGCCGAAUGUUAAUCUUCCUGGCUAUCCAAGGUGUGGUCUACUUCAGCCUUCUAUUUGCAAUCGAACUCAACCUUUUCAAAAAGCUUUUCUAUGCCAUUCGCAACCUUGGCUCUGGAAGCAGACGGUCUUCAUUCCUCUCCAGACAACUCAGCAACACCGACAGUCGAAUACAGGAAGACUCCGAUGUCGCAACUGAGCGUGCUCGGUUGGCCAACCAAUCCCUACAUCAGUUGUUCCAGUCUGACAAGCUGCUUCUGCAGGAAGUAGUGAAGGACUAUGACAACAAUCGCGCCGUGGAUCACAUCUCUGUGGGGAUUCCUCAAGGCGAGUGUUUUGGCCUUCUUGGUGUGAAUGGUGCCGGGAAGACAACAACCUUCAAGAUGUUGACGGGGGAUGAAAUCCUCACUGGCGGCAAUGCUUUCCUUGAUGGCUUCAGUGUCAAGUCCGAUACACAAGAGGUGCAGCAGCGACUAGGAUACUGUCCACAGUUCGAUGCACUCAUUGGUCAACUGACAGGGCGGGAGACGUUGACCCUGUACGCACGCCUCCGUGGUGUGAUGGAGAGGGAGAUAGCUGGCACUGUCAACAACCUCAUCAACUCUCUGCUCCUCACUGACCAUGCUGAUAAACUGGUCCAAGCUUACAGUGGAGGGAACAAAAGGAAGCUCAGCACUGCUAUCGCUCUUAUUGGUAACCCACCAAUCAUAUUUCUGGAUGAGCCAACAACAGGUAUGGAUCCUGUCGCCAGGAGACUGUUAUGGGAUGCCUUGGCAACAGUACGGGACAGCGGGAGGACGCUGGUACUCACAUCUCACAGCAUGGAAGAGUGUGAAGCCCUAUGUACGAGAAUAACCAUCAUGGUCAAUGGGCAGUUCAAAUGCUUGGGAAGCACACAACAUCUAAAGAACAAAUUCAGUGAAGGUUAUACCUUGAUGGUCAAGGUCUCCUAUCCUGAAGGUGACCUUGAACCUGACCUUGAACUUUUAAGGGCUUUCAUUGAAGGUCAGUUCCCUGGGAGCAUUCUCAAGGACAUUCAUCAAUGCAUGUUACAUUAUCACAUAACUGAUACACGUUUCACAUGGGCACAGCUGUUCGGGACGAUGGAACGAGCCAAGGACACGUACCACAUUGAGGACUACCUCGUCGGGCAGACGACACUUGAACAAGUGUUUAUCAACUUUGCCAGGUCACAAACCACCAAAUGAGGCAGUGAAAGGAUGUAUGUCUUGGUGUUGUUAAUUAUAUUGGAUAUGGACAUCAGAGCAAUAAGUCACAAAAUAGUUUUUAUUGAAUCAAGGAAUUGUUCAAAUAACCAUGACUACACAAUUGUUGACAUUUAUGUCUGUUCUGUAACCAGAGCAUAAUAUAGAAUGUAGAUAUUAAACAAAAUGUUUACUAAGGCUUUGAAAAAUAAAAGAAUUGGUUCUCGGGCAAUGUUUUUUGAAAAUAUUGUGUGGGUGGGCUGUGUCUUUUGUUGUUUGGUUUUGCAAUCUAGUUUGUAACCAGAUCAACAGUUGUUGAACCAAAUAAACAAUUGUAAACCUUGAAAAGGGCCUACCUACAUAAAUGCAUUCCUUGAUGAGUAAAAUACUGGAAAUACAGUAUUUGACAACCGUUGGACUUGGAAUAAUUAAGGAUUUUUUAAUUUAAAAAAAAAAUGGAAUUAAAAACGAGACGUGCAAUGAACUUAAUGAUGUUGUGGGCGGUGCCUGAGAACCGAGACUAUUAUUUUUUUUAGCCCAAUAUAUUUUAGAUAUAGUUUUACAACUGUAUUUUAACCUGUUUGAAGAAGAGAUGGACAGGAGUUUCACAAUCAUGACAGUACUAUUUCAAAGGAAUAGCUUUUUAACAUUCCAAGACAAGAAGUAUUCAUAUUUUUCUAAUUGAAAUCAUAAGGUAACCUCUUUAUGGCUCUUAUUAGAAUAAUAUUUUGGUAAAAAAAACAGAGUUGAAAAAUAAAUUUCGUGGUUUAUGCUGACAGCCUUAAAUGUUUAUAUAUGACGGAUACAUUUUUCCAGAAUUUAAUUGCC